UCUCACAACCCUUCUGAGCCAGUGGUUGAAAUUUUAAUUCCCACCCAUUUCUCCCUCCGAAGCACAACUUGAUGAAGUGAAUUAUUGUGUUAUACGACAGCGACGCACCAAAAGAUACGAGGCGAACCCUGUCGACUCGAUAGAUACCCUAAAAUUCAACAGGUCGCAAAGCGCGGGAUUCUGUGUGAAACGUCCUCGAUAGAGUUGCCACCUGUUUCACCUAGGCAAGCCCUGAGGUCACUAAAGCUCAACCAAGCUUGGUAUCACCGCCUCCGAAAGAUCCUCCCACUCGAGGCUCUCACCUACACAAACCCCACUCCUCACAACCAUGGCUACCAUGGCUACUGCCAAGGCCAGCGAGCCCUGCCGCCUCGUGGUCCUCUGCUCCGGCUCGGGCACGAACCUGCAGGCAAUCAUCGACGCUGUCGCAGUCGGCACGAUUCCCAACAGCGAGAUCGAGAGGGUCAUUGUCAACCGGAAGAACGCCUUCGCAGUCCAGAGGGCCGAAAAGGCCGGCAUCCCCACCAGGUACUUCAACCAGGUCUCGGCGGGCUUCAUCCAAAAGGGCGAGAAGGAUGAGACGAAGCUAAAGGACGGUCGCGCCCGCUACGACGCGGCUUUGGCAGAGAUUGUUCUCCAGGAUAAACCGGAUCUCAUCGUUCUGGCCGGAUGGAUGGCAAUAUUUACUUCGAGCUUCCUGCGGCCUCUCGAUGCGGCUGGUGUCCCCGUCAUCAACCUCCAUCCCGCGCUGCCAGGUGCUUAUGACGGUGCCAACGCCAUUGGCAGAGCGUAUGACGACUUCAAGGCUGGCCAGUUGCAGAACAACCGGACCGGGGCCAUGAUUCACUACGUCAUCGAGGCCGUAGACAGAGGACAGCCCAUUCUCGUCGAGGAGGUUGAGGUCCGCGAAAGUGACAGCCUGGCAGACCUCGAAGAACGCAUGCACAGUGUCGAGCAUGAAAUCAUUGUGAAGGCUACGGCCAAGGUUGUGCAGGAGAUCCUAGCCAAGAAGAGACAACUUUGACGGUAGCAGGGUGUGCUGAGAGUAAGAUCAUUCAGGCAAGUGACGCCAGCAGUCACAAGCUUUGCGACCUACAUGGUUAUAUCCUAUGUAUCUUCAAACAUAGUCGAGUUGCUCGAAAGGCAGUGAGAGGACUGUCUUGCCCAUCUACUAGCGAUCUACUCAUCCUCACGAUAUACACACACCUUUGUAGAAGCGUGUGGUUUCGCUGAGGCGUCUAUUGAUAACCUGAUGGAUGUCUAGGUUUUACAUCUUGGUAUGGGCUCUCCACAGGGAACUAGAGGCUUUUGGGACCCGAUGCAUCGGUCCAAGGGUUCCAGAAUCCCUCACUUCUGACAUGUUGUCGGAGCAUGACAGUCUGGCGACCUUCUAUCUCGGAGGCUAGAUCUACGAAUAUAAGGAGAUGUAGAAGACCUUCCAUGGGAUUAGACGCCGGCUCUCGGGAUUC